GCUGACUUCCGCGUCAGACAGUGUUCGUUUGGACAGCGAGUGAGACGGAGGGCCUGCGCGCGCGGAGAGGGAGACGGACAGAGAGGCAGAAAGUAGAGAAAGAGAGACAGGAGGAGGAGAUUUAAGGUUUAUUUAGACGUCAGCCAACAGGAAGUCAUAGAAGACGCUGCUGGUGCAGAAUGAAGCCUGCGGUUUGGUACAUGAUGAUGAUCAUUGUGGGCUUUUUCUACGUGUACCUGACGGCCAUCCAGUACAUCCGGGGCCAGGAGCUGGAUGAGCCUCCCAGUAACUACCUGCCGCAGUAUGACCCACAGUACUUCGACGAGAACCUCUUCAGCCCGACGAGCAGCCUGGACUUCGAGUACCACGACUACACGAGCAUGACGUCCUUCCUGCGGGCCAUGAGCGCCACGUACCCCAACCUGACGGCGCUCUACUCCAUCGGCAAGAGCGUGCAAGGGCGAGAUCUGUGGGUGCUGGUGGUGUCCGCAUCGCCGUACGAGCACAUCGUGGGCCAACCCAAUGUCAAGUACGUAGCCAAUAUGCACGGAAACGAAGCGGUUGGCCGAGAAAUGCUCCUGCACUUGGUAGAGUACCUGGCGAAGAGCUACCACACGGACGAGUACGUGCGGUGGCUGCUGGACAACACCCGCAUCCACAUCCUGCCCUCGAUGAAUCCGGAUGGCUUCGAGGUGGCGAGGGAAGGCACGUGCCAGGGGGGGCAGGGAAGGUACAACUCCCGCGGCUUCGACCUGAACCGCAACUUCCCCGACUACUUCAAGCAGAACAACAAGCGGUCGCAGCCGGAGGCCGAGGCCGUGAAGCAGUGGGUGUCCAAGAUCCAGUUCGUGCUGUCGGCCAACCUGCACGGCGGCGCCCUCGUGGCCUCCUACCCCUUCGACAACUCGCCCAACACCAUCAAGAACUGCGACUUGAAGCCAUUGUGUGCAGUCUUCCAACAGUUCACCUCCACGCCUUCGCUCACGCCUGACGACGACGUCUUCAAGCACAUCGCCAGCCUCUACGCCUUCAACCACGCCACGAUGCACCUGGGCCUCCCGUGCAAGCCGGGCGCGCCCACCUUCGCCAACGGCACCACCAACGGAGCCGCCUGGUACCCGCUCACUGGUGGCAUGCAAGACUACAACUACGUCUGGCACGGUUGCAUGGACAUCACCAUCGAAAUGUCAUGUUGCAAAUACCCCCCCGCUGAUGAUCUGCCCAAAUUCUGGGAGGACAACAAGAAGGCCCUAGUGAGGUACCUGGGCGAAGUGCACCGCGGCGUCCGGGGCUUCGUGAAGGACGAGCGCAACGCCCCCGUGGAGGGCGCCUCGCUCAAGAUCAAGGGGCGCGACGUCGGCUUCCAGACCACCAAGUACGGGGAGUACUGGCGCGUCCUGCUGCCCGGCCGCUACGCCAUCGAGGUGUACGCUGAAGGUUUCGAACCCAGGGAAGAAGAGUUCGAGGUUAUUGAGACGAAUCCAACCCUGCUGAACCUCACCUUAUACAAAGCUGUGCCCGGCCCGACAGCCCUGCCCUCGCGGCCGGAGCAACAGGCGCCCGAGACCACAGCCGGGCACCGCAUCGACCAGCAGCGGCGGCCCGUGUACGUGGGCGGCCCGAGCCAGCAGCAGGGCGGCGCCCCUCAGCCCCAGGGCGGAAUAGGCGGCUUCCUGUCGUCCAUCGGAGACACUAUAUCCAACGUGAUCAGCAUCUUCGGCUGAGGCGGAGGCGAGCGGCUGUCCACCUGCUGAGCGCCAGAACCUCUGCUGAAGGAGCAGGGCGUCUGCUCGAGGCCCCGGAGGACAGCCCCCCCGCCUCGAGACCUCGUUUUAUUUAUGUAUUUUCUAUUUAUAUUGUUGUUGUUGUUAUCCGUUCGUAAAGGAAGACCAAUGAUGAUGAUAAUGUUAAGAGUAAGAGUGCAUGAGAACACAUUUUCACGAAAACCAACCUGAAGUAACGGUCUCCUCCUUAGCUAACCUUACUCAGGUGCCAUGCAGACAUAUGCACAAAAGAACCAAAUAGAUUAAUGAUAAUACAUAGAUAAUAAAAAAACAACUUAAAUCCCUCUCUUUUACGAUUGUUUUCUUCUUUUUUGACGAAAGCGUAUGGGAGUAGCUUUUUAGACAUCCAGGACGAUGUUUUCGAGUAAGUUCGUCGUAGCGUUAGGCAUUACCUUUCCUGAGGAGCAAGUGGCAUUAGGCUCGGGCAGUUGGCACCCUCCCUCCUGCGGCGGUCCAGUGCCGGGGAGGAAAAGAGCCAGCCACCACUUUUAUCUAUGUGAUUCCUUGAUUACCUGAUAGUAAUUAUAUAUACAUAUAUACAUACCAUAUAUAUAUUAAUAUAUUUUGAAUUGUUACUAUUUAUUUUAUUAUUACGCUUGUUACUACAGAUCGCACCCGACCGUAGGUUUUAAGGUAGUUUGUAAAUGUUAUAUAAAAAUGUGCGAUGUCUCGUUGAUUUUUUUUUAAUAUUCCGAGUUGACAGAAUUUCAAGAUGCAUUCGCGGUCGUAAUGUUGCACAUCGCCCUCGUAUGUGUAGUGCAAUUGUUGCACCUUCAAUUUGCGCAUGUGAAACACACACGUAACAAAUGAAUCCUGCUGAAACAGCGAUAAUAUUAUAAGGAAACCUGAUAAAAAUCUAAUUGUUCACAUUACAUUUUUCAGCAUUCGAAUUUAACAAGAGUUAUCAGCAGUAUAAAGUAACAUGAAUUGAAAUAUAAAUUAAAUAUGAUUUUGUUCCUCAAUGUAGAGUCGAUCUGCGCAUUGCGACCGUCUUCUGUUAGCCAUUGAAGGUGCGGCCGCGAGAACACAGGCAAAGACACCUACUAUGCACACGUUUUAGCUAACAAGAGUGUUCACGUCACUGUUAUGAUGUUAUUUGCCCAUUAUGUGUAUAGAGGACUCGGUUAUUUUCAUAUCAUUUCUUAUUGUUGAUGGAUGACAUGUUGUUCAUUCUCGUGUGAACUUUUGUGAGCACUGUGAUGAGGCAGAUUCCGAGCGAUAGAUAUAUUGUGCAUCUAUUUGAGGCGGUCGACGAGGGAGCUAAAGUCAUUUGCCGGGAGUAACUAAAAUUUAGUUUAUGAUGAAUGAUCGACGUGACUAAAUUCUUUAAACGUUCCGGAUUACAGAACUCUACAUAGCGAGCACUAUUUUGGCUCGAUUAAAAAGAAAGAAAAUAUAUUGUAAAAAUCCCUUUUCCCGACCUCAUCUGUUGCCGAUAUGUCCUGCGGCGCCAGUCCUUCGAGGGAAGCCGACUCGAUGUAGUUUUGAAAUACACAUAUAUAAUAACGAUAUGGGGAAUGUUGUCACAGCCCAUGGGAGGAACGCUUAACUUCUAUAGCAUUUGUUAGUCUAUUUUUUCCCUCUGAAAGACUGGCGCGCUGUUCCGAGAAACAGAGGAAGAAGUCUACGGAGUCUCGCCUCCACGAUUUUUUGUAGCAUUCUUGAUUGACCAACCCACGUCUGCCUGCCAUUAAUUGCCUUGUUUGUAGUGAUAGAGAGACACGUCCCGAGCCCGCAGAAACACAAAGGUUCCUUGGGAGAAGCUUCAACCGGGACUGCGAGGAAGUCGUCUUCUUUAAGUCAUCCAUUGUUAGGGGAUACAGACUUAUUUUUUAUUUAUUUUAUUUUUUUUGGAAGGGGAGGGAAAGGGGUGCAUUGAAUUAUACCUUUUUUUUUUUAAGAAUGUCAUAACACAACUGUUAAUGACCUGUUAAGCUAGAUAAUAACGUGAGUUGUUGUUAUUAUUAUAGAUCAUUAAUACCUUAUACAUAAGCCAUUAUCAGGUGGUAUGAUAUCAUCAGUGGUAUGAUGUCAUAUAUUGUAGUCCUUAGUACAUUAGCACUCGAUACUCCACCCUUUUGACAGUGUAGUGACAGCGGUUGUCAGGUAACAAUUUAGAGUUGUUUCGAGACGAAGGCAGAGUGAGAGAGCGGCCAUUUUUUUCUUCCAUUUUUUAGGCUCGUCGUCCUUGCCUGUCUCAGUGUCUCCUUUCUGUGAUCCAAUAAAAUGUCAUGUCUUUCUCAUAGUUACCCACCUUGUACAAUCUGCCUGAAGUAAUUGUAAUGACAAUAGGAAUAAAUAUAAUAAUAACAAUAAUAAUGAAUAACAUUAAUGAUAAUCUUAAAAUAAAGGUUAAAAUAAACAUAAAGUAACGUUAAUGAUGAUAGUGAUAACGCUAAUAAUAACGAUAAUAAUAAUGACACAGAAUAAAUAAUGGAUAAAAUAAAUCAUUAAAAAAACAUUUAGUACCUGUCUUUAUAAGAAUCCGUCAUAAAUUCAUAGAAUGCAUUUCGAGGUUAAUGUCAGAUUUUAUUUUUUUUUUUUUUUUUCCCAGCGGUUGGUUGUAAGUUAAACGUUUUCUCUCCUUAUUUCCAUAUCUUCUUUUUUGUGGAUUACAUGAAAUGGGAUCAUUAUAUUGAAAAAAUAUAUAUACACAAAAAAACAUUGUAUUGUGCGAAUUCUUUCCUAACUAUCAAUAAAGAAUCGAAGUAA